UUUUGUUCCUCUCCCUUUCUUGACUAUAAUAACACUAUGGACACGUCAAGAAAUACGCACUAUUCUUCUUACCCCUAUCAGCAGUCAGCUCGACAAGACCUUGUCCAGCCUCCAUCUAAAGAAAUAUACCAAUACGACGCACCUUGGCAAACUUACGCCUUGGACUGGUGUAAGACACCUAUUGAACAAAAAAGCUUUCGACUGGCUAUUGGUAGCUUUAUUGAAGACAACAACAAUAAGCUUCAAAUCAUUUCGCGCACAGAUUUGUUAGAUACGAAUUUGCCUAUAGACCAAAGAAAUGAUUUUACACCUGUAGCAGAAGCUGAUUCUUAUUAUCCAAUUACGAAAGUGUUAUGGGAGCCUCGCAAGAAUGAUUCAAGAAGUAGUGAUCUUUUGGCUACCACUGGUGACAUUUUAAGAAUUUGGGAAUUAGUAGAUGAUCCAAGAUAUGGACAGAGUAACAAUAUCAAUAGCUCAAGCAGAAAUAAUGCUGGCAAAAGUAUGCAGCAGCUUGUGAAAAAGGCAGAAUUAGUCAAUAUGAAACAAUCAGACUUUUGUGCACCUCUAACAUCCUUUGAUUGGAAUGAGACAGAUCCAUCACUUGUUGUUACCUCCAGUAUUGACACAACUUGUACAGUCUGGAACGUCGAAACAAACCAAGCAAAAACACAGUUGAUUGCGCAUGACAGCGAUGUUUAUGACGUGGCGUUUAUGCAUGGCUCUGCAGACACAUUUGCUAGUGUAGGUGCUGAUGGCUCUGUACGACUGUUUGAUUUACGUUCAUUGGAACACUCGACUAUAUUAUACGAGGCUCAGCCUACACCCAGUCACCAUCGUAGCAAUAGUGUUAAUAACAACAACAAAAACAACAAUACAGGCACUGUACCUUUAUUGCGACUUCAAUUCAGUCGAAUGAACUCGAAUUUGUUGGCUACAUUUCAUAUGGACUCUUCUGUUGUUGAAAUUCUCGAUAUUCGCUAUCCAAGUGCUCCUGUUGCUGAACUAUCUAAAAGCCAUAGUGGCAGUAUCAAUUGUCUUGGCUGGUCUCCUACUGAAUCAGGCCAAAUUGCUACUGGUGGUGAUGACUCUCAGGUGCUUGUAUGGAAUAUCAAUCAAGCAAGUAAUGAUAACCGAGCUUAUUACCAACAGAAUACACAACAGAGAUACAGUCACCAGCCCCUCGAUCCGUGCAAGAUCCUCUUUUGGCUUAUGUUGCUGAUGCAGAAGUUAAUUCUAUCACUUGGAGUAAAUCAGCACCAGAAUGGAUUGGUAUUGGAUUUGGUAAAACUAUUCAAGCCCUUCGAGUGUAAGAAAAACAAUGCUAUUUAUUAUAUGUAGGCAGAUUAUUGCUUGGAUAGUUGUUUGAUUUCAUUGAAAAGAUCAUAG